ACGACACACAAUGACGUGAUUAACGUGUACCGGAAGUAAUGCUGACAGACAGGCGGCUGCUGGCGUCAGUUGCUGCUAUAUAUUUAUAAAACACUGUCUAAAGUCAAUUUUUUAUAUUUUGCUCUGUAUUUUACUCUCACCUGGCACAAAUGGUCUAGUUUAACGCAGGUUAAACAACGUCGUCACGGGAAACACAUACAACAAGUGAAGACGGAUUGCAGUGUAUUAUCAAAAUAAUCAAUAAUUCAUGACAAAAUCCGAGUGGACGCGAUAUGUGAAUUCUUUACUCCUCCAGACUGUUUCCAUUAAAAGGGUUGAUGUCGAGGCCAAGCGUCACCCUGGAGGACGUGGAGACGAAGAGAUGCACUGCUGGUGCAAAUUCAGAGGAAGCACAGAGUUCAUCUAACAUCAAUAGCAAUGACCCUCCACACCCCACACCUGAUCGAUUAAGUUUGGAUUCAUCCAUUAUUGCUACGGGGAUAAGCCCCUCCCCGUCUAGUGAUGGAACAAGUCUUCUUUCGUUGCCAUGGGAGAUAGUUACCCAGAUAGCCUCACAUCUUCCUGCCGAGUGUAUCAUAAAUGUGCUGCCACAGGUCUGUCAGGAGUUGGGAAGGGUCAGUGAGGACCGCCUGGUGUGGCAACUUCGAGCUCAAAAACUCUCAGGCCCUCGGACGUCAUUUCCUGUAGGACCAAAGGAUGACUUUGAUUGGUCCAAAGCCUGCUUGGAAAUGGAACAGCUGAUUGGUUUCUGGACGGGGCAAGAGGAAAACCGGGAAGAUUUGGCAGGGGCAGGUGAUGCGAUGGAUGGCGAAGAACAGGUAGCUGGGGACGAUUCGUCUGAAAUGCAGGAGGAUGUUGAUUUGAAUGUUGAUGCAGGGGUUGUGGAUGAAAAUGUGGAGGAUGUUGAUUUGAAUGUUGAUGCAGAGGUCGCGGAUGAAAAUGUGCACAUCGGAGCUCAGAAUGGCCCUCACAGGCCACAGGGGAUAGAUGUCGAAAGUACUACGUCCGACAGUCCUUCUUCACCCUUGGAGCACAUCAUACUCCCUUCUGGCCACUUUGCAGAUGUGAAUUGUGUCCUGCUGUUGGGUGGAGAGGGGGCGCUGUGUGCUUCUGGCUCCAGGGACAGAAACGUAAACCUCUGGGACCUUCGACAAGGCCCAGAGGGCACGUUAUUGCAUAUGCUAGGGGACAGGGGUUUUAUUAGCACCCAUCGUGGAUGGGUGUGGUGCUUGGCAUCAAGUGGGCCUCUGCUGGCAUCAGGAUCGUUCGACAGCACUGUCAGACUAUGGGAUCUUGCGGCGGGAGGGGCUGAGCGGGGUCUAUACAAGUGCAAAGCUGCCGUAUUAUGUAUGUCCUGUGACGGAGAGACUGUGCUGGCUGGAUUACAUGAUCAGAAAAUAAACGUCUAUGACACCCGAGCUGCAGAUCCAUUGGUCACGAGUCUUCAUCACCACAGUGAUGCUGUGCUGUCCCUGGCAUCUAAUGACCAGUUUAUAUUAUCUGGCAGUAAAGACCAAACCAUUGCUGUGUAUGACCGCAGGGCAGGAAAACUUCUGCAGAGGCGUCAGCUGCGCUCCUACCUGCUGUCGAUGUCCUACAGCGGUCGAGAGGUUUGGGCUGGAGACAAUCGUGGACUCGUCCACACCUUCUCUUUGCAAAAUGGCUCCCUGACACCCAUAUCCAAAUUUAACCUCCACAAUGCGAUGGUCACGGGCAUCCACUCCUCACAUGGGACCCUCUACACAUGCUCUUCUGACCGGACUGUCAAGGUCCACCUACCAUGUGCCCCACCCAAAACACUGUGGACACUUCACCAUCAGGCAGGGGUAAACGGGUUAAGUGUUGAAGCAGAUACACUGGCCAUCGCUUCUGCUGACAUGAAUGUUGAGAUCUGGAGGCCCAGGUCCUGAGUAAAAAUAUAUGAUGCCACAUUUCCGAGGAACAACAUUGGAUGUUGAUGUCAUACACGUGAUGUCACUCGCUACAAUAUAAUGUUGUCUAUUUUCUAUGCAUUAUACUCUUUAAUUUUUUUAUUUGAAAAUCUGACAUUCCCCAGUUUGAUUUUGCACUUUUCUCAUUUAUUUUCAAGUUAGUUUGUUGGGUUUAGUUUUACUUUGUGUGAUCACGAAAUCAUUACUUGAAGAAUUCAACUUAAUGAAGACUGAUGAAUUUUGUAGCUAUUACCAAUAUACAUAGACUGAAGACACAACUACAUGAAUCUAUAGCAUAUCCACAGUUUAUUUCACCGAAAUAGUUUUUAAUUCUCAAUAUUUAUCGCUCUAGAUGCAAACAAAACAAGAAAUUGUACUGUUUUCUGUCAAAGUUCAUUUUACAAUGUUUACAUGUAAGUCAACAUAUAUAAAAUGCACUACUAGGUGAUGCACUGAAAGUGAACCAUUUAAGAGCUUAUUACUUGAAAUACUAAAUAAUAUUAGUUUAUUUAUAUUUUGGCAGAGAGUGCUGACUCCUGUCAAAUUGUUAAUUUAAUGCAAUUGUGUUUGGUUGAUAAAGCUUUACAAAUGUACAAGUUCGUCAUUCCGUUGUAUUUGUUAUUCAACAGAUAAUACAUUGAAGUGCAUUCUGAUUGGCUCAGCUGAAUAAAGUUUUGAUGAUUGACAGCCGUUGUCACAUCAGAGUAACA